CACAGACUUACACGUCAGCAGAGGGGAAACUGAUCUCUGAUGAUGCUUAGCUACAAAUCAUCUGACAGAGAGAAGUAAGAAGAGACGCUUUUUUCAGGGAGCACCGGAGGGAUUAGAAACCUUGAAGAAUCCGACUUCUAGAAACAUGACCUCUGGACCGUAUCCAGGCCUGUUCCUGUUGCUGCUCCGUUUCCUCCCCUCUGAUGAGGCAUGUCCAUCUAUUUGCCUCUGUUUGUCUGACACAGUGAGCUGUAGCUCCACAGGUCUGUCCAAGUUACCCCAGCCCCUGCCUUCCUUCUCUGCCACUCUUGACAUCAGUCACAACUAUCUGUCCUGGCUGGGUCCAGGCAGCUUCAAAUUGAUGCCCAGACUGGAAAACCUCCACAUGGCUCACAACCAGCUCACCUCCCUGGGGAUCGGGGUGUUUAACAACGCCUCCAGCCUUAGGCACCUUGACCUGUCCUCGAACAAGCUGCAGGUAGUGGAGCAGCACUAUUUCCAGGGGCUGUGGAGGCUGGAGGAGCUCCUUUUAUACAAUAAUAAGAUCGCACUGGUGGAGCCCGGUAUACUCAUCGGCCUGAGCAGCUUAAAAAAGGCUUACUUCAGCCUCAACCAGAUCACACACUUCCCCUUCUUCUCUAUCCAAGACCACAGUCACCCUUUCCUCACCAUGCUGGACCUCUCAUCCAACCGGAUGUCUCGCCUGCAAUGGGAGGAUGUGAAAGCUUUGCCCAGGCUGGUGCAGCGAGGUUUGUACCUCCACAACAACUCUCUGAUCUGCGACUGCUCCAUGUACAGCGUGUUCUGGCAUUGGGAUCUGAGAGGCUACGACACCCUGAAGGACUUUACAGAUGAGCACACUUGCACCAUCUUCGGGGAUCAUCGGGCGUCCAUCCGGUUUCUCCGACACCCCCGCUUCUUCAACAACUGCUCUGUGGAAAAAGCCGUCUCGCAGCCAGUGACCGUGCUCCUCUCCAACGUCUUGGUUUCUGAGGGAGGAAGAGUGCGUCUAGACUGCCAAACGUCCCUGAGCAGCACAGAGCUCUCAUUUACAUGGCUCUCCCCCAGCAAGGGGUACAUCACCGAGGACAGCAUUAAUGACACGCUAAUUAGCCUUUUUCCUAAUGGCACCUUGGAGAUUCAAGCAGCCAAGGUCAAUGACUCAGGCAUGUACGUGUGCAUAGCUGUGGAUAUUAAACAGUCGCUGAACGCAAGCCGGGAGGUGAAUGUGACGGUGCUGCUGCCUCCAGCCGAAUCCUUCAACACCGGCUACACAACACUGCUGGGCUGCGUGGUGACUAUGGUCUUCAUCCUUAUCUACCUCUACCUGACCCCGUGUCGCUGCAGCUGCUGCAAACAGCCCAAGCCUCCAGUUAUCCCCAAUGCGUCCUUCGACUCCAGCGCCCUGCCUUCUGUAUUCUGCCCGUCAGCGAGAGAUCAGGCCAAAAUCCAAGCUAACAAGCACGUAGCGUUUAUGGAGCCGAUGUUAAGUGGGGAUGGAACAGAGUGGACACUUGAAAGCUGA